GCCUCGCCCGGCGGCCGCUCCCGCCUCUCCCCUCCCCGCCUCUGCUCGGCCGCGGCGCCGCCGGGCCCUGCCGCGCCGUGAGGGGCUGGGCCGGGUCCCGCCGCGCCGUGAGGGGCUGGGCCGGGUCCCGCCGCGCCGUCCCCGGGCCCGCACGGCUGAGGCAGCUCGGAAGUAGCGGUGCCACAACCAUGUGUGCUUUAAGGACAAAGUCGAUGUUUUUCAUGCCUUAUAUGAGGAAAAGUUUAUGACCUGCAGCUCUCCCCGAGCAGUGAGCGGGGGCCCUGCUAACGCAGCUCUCCUCGGUCACCAGCCAGCACCUGCAACCUCGCCGCUGCGCCCCGGUGAAUAAAAAGAAAAUUUCAAUGUCUUCAGAAGACAAAGAAGCUCAGGAGGAUGAGCUGCUGGCUUUGGCUAGCAUUUACGAUGAAGAGGAGUUUAAGAGAGCCAAGUCUGCCCAAGGAGGAGAAACGAGAAUUUGUCUGGAGUUGCCCCAAAACUUCAAAAUUUUUGUGAGUGUUCUCUUUGAUCCAGGCAAUUCCGCAGAAAGCCUCCAGAACACCAGCUUUGAAUACACCGUCUGCUUUCUGCCUCCCCUCGUGCUGAAUUUCGAACUCCCACCGGACUACCCGUCAACCUCCCCGCCCGCGUUUACCCUCAGUGGAAAAUGGCUCUCCCAAGCCCAGCUCAGUGCUCUUUGCAAACACUUGGACAACGUAUGGGAAGAGAAUCGAGGCUGUGUGGUCUUGUUUGCCUGGAUGCAGUUUCUGAAGGAAGAAACACUGAAUUACCUGAAUAUUUCCUCCCCGUAUGAGCUUAAAAUGUGCCAUGGAGGGAGCGGGCAGAGCAGGACGCCUUUGGCCCCUCUCGACGCUGAGAAUGAUUGUGGUGGCGCAGCAGGCUCUUCAGCAGCUGAGGAGGAAAUCAUCGACGCAAGAGCCGUGCAGGAUGUGGAAUCGUUGUCGAGUCUGAUCAGGGAAAUCUUGGAUUUUGAUCAGGCUCAGAAGAGGAAGUGCUUUAACAGUAAGAUGUACUUGUGCAAUAUCUGCUUCUGUGAGAAGCUGGGCAGUGAAUGUAUGUACUUCACCGAGUGCAGCCACGUGUACUGCAAAGCUUGCCUGAAGGACUACUUUGAAAUACAGAUCAGGGAUGGGCAGGUCCACUGCCUCAACUGCCCAGAACCGAAGUGUUCUUCUGUUGCUACUCCUGGCCAGGUUAAAGAGUUGGUCGGAGAGCAGCUCUUUGCACGAUACGACCGCCUGCUCCUGCAGUCUAGCUUGGACCUGAUGGCGGAUGUAGUGUAUUGCCCUCGCCCCGGCUGUCAGACACCGGUCAUGCAAGAACCAGGUUGCACCAUGGGCAUAUGUUCGUGUUGCAACUAUGCCUUCUGUACUCUCUGUAAAAUGACUUACCAUGGGGUCUCUCCAUGUAAGGUUACGGCGGAGAAAUUAAUGGAUUUGCGAAAUGAGUAUUUAGAAGCAGACGAGGCAACUAAGAAGUUCUUGGAACAACGCUAUGGCAAACGAGUGAUUCAGAAAGCCCUUGAGGAGAUGGAGAGUAAAGAAUGGCUAGAAAAGAACUCCAAGGCUUGUCCUUGCUGCGGUACUCACAUAGAGAAACUAGAUGGUUGUAACAAAAUGACGUGUACUGGCUGCAUGCAGUAUUUCUGCUGGCUUUGCAUGGGUUCUCUGUCGAGGGUGAACCCGUACAGGCACUUCAACGAUCCAUCUUCCCCAUGCUUUAAUAGAUUGUUUCAAGCCAUGCAUAUUGACGGUGAGUUCUGGGAAGCUGAAGAUGAAGACUAGUAGCUUUCUCCAGCAACAAAAGCCGAACAAACCAGAGACAGAAGCUUUCCAUUUUUGUGUCACGUUUGUUUGCUUUUCACUUCCGUUACGUGAUAGAAGAACGCUAACUACCUUGCACCGCGGGGUACUCACACUUCAGAGGCUGUUGCCAAAACCAAAGGAGACCAUUUUCCCCGUCCUGCGGUCAGGAUCACCACUGAAGGCCCUAAUAAUCGGAUCGAUUUAGAGACAAGUACAACCAGUCAGAAGUGGGAAAAUUACUGGAAAAAUACAUACGAAGAGGUGCCCCUUUCUCAAAAGCAAACAAAACUGAAGCCCCAAAUCACAGAAGUAGUUGGGGGUUUCCUUUAGGGAGACUGACCUUUUGAGGACUCGGCUCGUGUCCAUCGUGGGUUUUAGGGCAGCGUUACUAUAGCUGCAGUGCUCAGCCUGGAGCCGUUUAGCGAUGCUUCUUGGACAGGGUGAGUUUGCUGAUACAAUAUGGAAAAUUCCUCCUGCGUUCAGCAGCUGAGCCGGUUGUUUCUAUAGCAUUUCCUGACCUGUUUCUCUGAAAAGCAGCUCAUUGCUUGGUCACUGAUGCCAUCUAACGACGUUAACCCCCUUCUUGCUGGCUGUAGUGCCAGGGUCUUUGUGUUACUGGGUGCUGUGGCAGAAAAUGACCAAGAACCAUUUCCAGAAAUCUGAAUGAGUUUGAUGGCUCAUCGCGGCGUCGCUGUCGUAUUCGCUCACGUUGCCUCUCCUUGUUUUGGCAGUGGUGGGUGCUGAGGCAGUGAGCUGAGCGUGCGGCCAGUGAGGGGGUGAAAAAUACAGGAUACAUAGUUGAGAAGAACUUGAAUUCUCCAAGAUAUUGAAAAUUACCUUGUCUUCAGACGAUGAAGUUUUGGUUUGGAUUUUUUUUAAAAAAAAACCUAACUCUUCAUAAAAGAAAUCUGAUAGUUGAUAGUUUUAGUUCCGGACUAGAUCCCUUAUUUCCACUGUUCUUGCUCUUCAAAUGAUUUCAAACCCUGAAUUUUUUCGCCUGAAAGCUCAGCAAGUAGUUUUGUGAGCAUGAAAGUAAUUACCGGAGGGAGCCACUACUUUUUUUUUUUUUUAGAAGUUUUUCCACUUGCAGAAUGGUCUAAAAAUUUAUUUCGAAAUUAAAACUGCAUGUGCUGUGUUCAAAACAAGUAGCAGGGGCCAGAUAGAUAGCUCAGGAGCUGGAGGACUCUUCAGAAACCCAAGGUGAACACUUCUCACUCAGUUUUGACUUACAGUAAAUAAAUUGAUAUCGGAUAUCUGGCCCAAAUGAGUGCUGAUUUAGUUCCUUCUGCAGAGGGUGAAAGCCUGUACUAUUGAAAUUGGUAGUAAUUAAAAAGAUGAGAUGUUAAGAGCGGAUCUCUUGUCUUGGUUUAGGCUGUAGGGCAGCGUGUAGGGAAAGUUUACAUUGUGUAUGGUUUAAAUUGUAUUUCCUGCACCUUUCACAUGCACUAAAUUCACUUUAAACAGUAAA